AUGGCCUCGAAAUCCAUCUUCUCCCUCGCGGCCAUUGCCGUCCUCACGUUCUCUACAUCUACAAAAGCGCAGGAAUUCUCCAAUACAAGCUCUGUUCUCGACCCUGGCAUGCCAACGACUCCAUACGGUGUCGACUGGCAAUCUUACUAUAGAGUAACUGACCCACUUCCUAAUGUAACGUUUACGCUACCAACCACCUACGCCGGCAGCGUCUCUGUCAACCGCGACGGACACCGGAACAGCACCCUCUUCUUCAUGGCAUUUGAAAAAGAACAAGGUUCCUCACAGCUAAAGAAGACGAACGUACCUCGGAGCCAUGGACGAUUUGGCUCAAUGGCGGGUAACCCUGGUUCUUCGAGUUUAUAUGGUCUCUUUUACGAACACGGUCCUAUGCUCUAUGGUCUCGCAGACGACGACACGACGGGGACACGCUACGUCCUUCGUGAGAAUCCGUGGAGCUGGCACAAGCACUCGGACAUUUUCUACAUUGACCAACCCGUUGGCACGGGGUAUAGUACUGCAGAAGCGGGCACAUACGUCAAGGACGAGGACCAAAUGGCCCAAGAUUUCGUCAACGUUCUUCGCAAUCUAGUCGCAGUGUUCCCCAGUCUGAAAAGACGCCCGUUGUAUAUCACCGGAGAAAGCUACGCGGGGACAUACAUCCCUUAUAUUGCCAAAGCACUCACUACAUUGUCAACUGACUCUCCCGUCAACCUCGCCAAAAUCGCCAUUGGCAACGGCGCAAUGGGCAACUAUGGUGCCUUUGUCGAAUACUCUGUACUCUCCAUCCUCCAAUCUUACCCAGCCUUGAUCGAUUUCAACUCUACGGUUUACGAGUACUUUGUGGAGCAGUAUAACCUCUGUGGUUAUAACAUGACCCUCGAAUAUCCUGCUCGUGGCGUGUAUCCCACGAUACGCGAUCCAACGAGGAAUGAUGGACGGAGUCGAAAGACUGGAGAUGAAGAACCAAGGGGGGAGGACUAUAGCCGUGCGGCUGUCGAGGCGAUGGAGAUGCUAAGGACGGCCGUGGAGUUGAUCAAGGUUGACAAAUCGCUCGACGAAGUCGUCGUUCGCGGAAAGCGGUUUGUCAAGAAGAGUUUGUUGGAGGAGAGGGGACUCUUGGAUAAAAGACAAGCUCCAGGACUAACGUCGGCUAUCAACCCACUCCUCGACUCCAACGGCUCCAUCAAUCCUCGGUACGGAUGCUAUCUCGCCAUGCAACUUUGGUCCCAUGUCUCAGGAUUCAUCUUACCGUGGGGGCUAGUGGAUCGUUUCAACGUCUAUCGUUUCACGGAUGCGAUUGGUCCGCCUGCAAUCGAAGACCCCGAGUCGUAUCUCAACAUUCCAGCGGUGCGAGCGGCUCUUCACGCACCGAGGAAGAACUAUGUCAUGUCACAGCCGUAUCCCUUUGGGUCCGCCAGCGGCACUGGCGUUUCCAGUGCGAGUGGAAACGCUUGGGGAGAUCCUAGUCCCGAGCCACAGACGUUUUUGUCAGAUCUCGCCAAGCGCGUUCCCAUUGUAUUUUUUUCGGGCAAUGAGGACACGCUCGUUGGACAUCGAGGGACGGAACUGGCCAUUCAGAAUAUGACGUUUGGUGGUAUUCGUGGGUUUACUGCGCGGCCUAGCACGCCCUUUAGCGAUGUGGAUGGAAACUUUGCUGGGAUUGUGCACCAGGAGCGCAAUGUGACGUAUGCAUUGUUCGACGGCGCAGGUCACAUGGUGCCGGCUGAUCGUCCAAAGGCUGCGUACGCUUUCUUCAAAGAGUUUAUCCUCGGGUCAAACUCGACUGGAUCCGUCGUUCCCCUUUCCAACAACUCGUCGGGUGGGAGUGUGACCGUAGUUGGAGGUGUACACACCGAGUACCUCAAGGGCAUCCUCACGGCCACUGUGGCUUAUACUGGCUCGUACCGAACUCAGGGAACGUGGACUUUUGGUGCGGACAAGUGGGCACAGUGGGCGAGUUACAUGGCGACGCGUACGGCACCGGAUGUCCCCGUUGCGAGUGCUACGGGUGACGGUUUGGUCGUGCCCGGCAGCUUGGACGGACCGUCUUCGUCUGGAGCACAGGUCAGGACAGAUGGCUCGAUCAAGGUGGGGAUUUUGGCCAUUGUAGCUGGAUUUUUCGGUGUAUAUAUGUGGUAG